AUGUCGUCGUCCACAAGCGCCGACAUCGCAAUGACAUCAACACCGAAACCCGAAACAAUCACACAAGAGCAACGGGAACCUGAAAAAUGUAAACCAGGUCUACGCCAAAGAGUAAAACAUUUCACAUUCGCUUGGUUCCUAUGUACAAUGAGCACGGGGGGUCUCGCCGUCGCUAUUGGAGAGGCACCACAUCAAUUCAAAGGCCAAUACCACAUCUCCCUCACUCUCUACCUAACCACCCUCUUCCUCUUCCUCCUCUUCACCCUCCUAUCCCUCUUCCGCUACCACCUGCACACCCGCCACUUCCACUCCGCCUUCUCCCUACCCCCAGAAUCCCUCUUCACACCCGCCUUCACCCUAUCCAUCUGCGUCUUAAUCGGCGGCGUACAAAACCUCGCCAUAACCCACGGUCCAGGCACCCCCGGUCUCCUAUCUCUAAUCCACGUCCUCUACUGGAUCUACGCAGCCGUAUCCCUAGUAGGCGCAACAUUACAGUACUACCUCCUCCUCCGCACAAACACCCCCAUUCCCUUCUCGCCCGCGAUCUUCCUCGCAGGAUACUCCUGCAUGCUAACCGGCACGCUGGCAUCGCUCAUCGUAGCAACCCAGCCAGCACAGCGCCACAUGUCCAUUGUGGUAUCCGGAGUCGCAUACCAAGGAUUCGGCUGGUGCAUCAGUCUCAUCGCAAUCACCCUCUACAUCUCUUCCCUCCUCGAACGCGGCUUACCCCCGCCACGGGCCAGACCCGCAAUGUUCAUCCCUGUGGGAAGUUGCGCGUACACGGUUGUGGCGCUCGUGGGUAUGGCGAGGGGAAUCGCCCUGCAUGAGCCGUAUACCCAGACUUACCUCGCCAGACACCCCUUGGCACCAGAAAUCCUCAGUAUCCUGGCCUUCUUCUCCUCCGUCUUCGUCUACGUGUUUGCCGUUUGGCUGUUUGGUCUUGCCCUCGUGGCGAAUCUGAGUGCCUGGGCUAAAAUCCCGUUUAGCCUCGCGUGGUGGGCGUUUAUCUUUCCGAAUGUUGGGUUUGCGCUUGCGACGAGUGCGUUGGGGAGGGAGAUGGAGAGUCAGCCGGUUCUUUGGCUCGGCAGUGUUAUGACGGCUUUGCUGGUCGUGGUUUGGAUUGUUGCGGCUGUGGCGUGUGCGAGGGCGGUGUGGAGGGGGGAUAUUGUUUGGCCGGGCAAGGACGAGGAUAAGAAUCGCUGA